AUGUGGUUCCUCCUCCUCCGCCUCUUCAAAUUCGGCUUCAAAGCCCACAAAACCCACAAGGCCAAAAAGAACGGCACCUACGACCCCUCCUCUUCGUUUCCCAUGUCCACCAACAAAACCGGCACCACCACCACCAUCACGACCAACAACAUCCCCGCACACCUCCGCCGCAGCAAACCAAAACACUACCUCAACCUCAGCCUGCACAUCUGCCAGCUCGUCUUCGGGCUGACCACGCUGGCCCUCUACGCGCACCACAUCCACACCAUCCACGACUCGGCCGCGACGGCCACCGCCGGCGCGAAAUGGGUGUACGCGAUCGUCACGGCCCUGCUGGGCUGCGGCACCGCCAUCGCCUACAUCGUGCUGAUGCAGUACAUCCUGAAGACGAGGGUGCCCGUGGCGCGGCGGGCGAGCUGGCAGCUGCCCCUGUUUGUGUGGGAGGUGGUGCUGUGUGUGGUGUGGCUGACGCUGUUUGGGAUCUUUGGGAGUGAGUAUCUGGGCCGCAAGUCGGCGACGGAGAGUGCGGAGACCCGGCGCAUGCGGCAUGCGGUUUGGGUGGAUUUGGUGAAUUUGGGGCUCUGGGUGGGGGUCGGGUCGGAAAAUCGGUGGCUUAAUGGAGGGCUCUACGGUGUUUACGGUGUCGAUGGUUUAUGA